AUGAGGAAUUCAUGGAUAAUAGCAAUAUUGGUGGCGACAGAGUGUGCUGAUGUGGGCUUAAACACGUUAGCAAAAGCAGCCACGAAUCAAGGAAUGAGCGAGUUCGUCUUCGUUGUGUACUCAUACGCCACGGCCUUGCUCUUCCUGCUACCUUCCACCUUCGUUUUUCACAGAGUCAGGCCAUGCCCUCCACUCACCUUCUCCAUUGUUUGCAGAAUCUUUGUUCUUGGCCUUCUCAGCUCUCCAACUCUGGCCUCAGUCAUAACAGAUCUCACCCCGGCAUUUACCUUCAUACUUGCAAUUAUCACAAGGAUGGAAAAGCUAGAAUUGAAGGUUCCUAGCAGCCAGGCAAAGUUGAUUGGCACAAUAAUAUCGAUCACUGGGGCAGUCAUUGUGACUCUUUACAAAGGCCCUUCAAUCUUAUUUUCUCAAUCGGCCUCUAAACUAGUAUAUGAGCCUUUUUUGAUGCCGCAAUGGAAUUGGAUCUUUGGUGGCAUUCUAUGUGCUGUUGGAAUCUUUUUUCUCGCACUCUUGUUCAUUGUGAAGGUAGACAACUCUUGA